AUGCAGUAUACGGUAGCGAUACUACCUUUGCUAGCACUACUUGUGCUUGCAAUUCCCGUCGAUCAACAACACCGUGUGGUCUACGAUGCCAACGGUAACCUGCAUCUGGUCAACCCAAACCUGUACACUGUUGUUGAUGCCGAGGUGGAGCCGAGGUUCAACGCCGACACCGAUAUAAUCUUCCGUCUAUUCACCCGUUCCAACCCUAACGAAGGCCAAGUACUUGGUUGGAAUGAUCCCAGUUCAGUUCAGAAUUCUCACUUCAAUCCGGCCCAUCCUACACGAUUCACAAUCCAUGGCUGGAACAACGAUGGAUCAUCUGCCGUGAACACUAAUAUUCGCCAAAACUACCUGGCUGUCGGUGAUUUUAAUGUUAUCAGCGUUGAUUGGGGCGCAGGAGCGCAAACAAUCAACUACAUCAGUGCCAGAAAUCGAGUGAGUAUCGUUGGGGAGAUCACAUCCCGCCUGAUCAACACACUAAUGGCAGCGGCCGGAGCAACUCGAAACAGUAUCAGUGUUAUCGGACAUAGUUUGGGAGCGCACGCUGCUGGUAAUGCGGGUAAAUUCCAAAAUGGUCAACUCCAAUCGGUCAUUGGUUUGGAUCCGGCUGGUCCGCUUUUCUCCAUGGGCCAAUCCGAUAUUCUGACCCCGAACGAUGCCCAAUAUGUUGAGGCCAUAUUUUCUAACGCUGGUACGUUGGGAUUCGAUUUACCUCUGGGACAUUCCAAUUUUUAUCCCAAUGGAGGACGUUCUCAGCCCGGAUGUGGCAUCGACCUGGCGGGAACUUGUGCUCACUCGCGCGCACAUGAAAUGUUCGCUGAAUCCAUUUCGACCUCGACCGGUUUCCGAGCGACCCGAUGUGCUUCCCACGAUGAAAUCGUUUCUGGAGGAUGCACUUCCAGUGGGGCGGAUGCGAUGAUGGGUGGAGAACCGUCCAACCAUGGCCGCGGUGUGAAUGGUGUUUUCCGCCUGAAUACCAAUUCCGGAACUCCAUUCGCUCAGGGUUAA